AUGUGUCUAGCCAUUGUUUUCGGCUGCCAGAAGUUCUCUCAAUACAUAUCGAGAAGAGAUAAAGUCACGAUAGAGUCAGAUCACAAACCUCUUCAAUCCAUCUUCAAGAAGUCACUAUUGGAAGCACCCUGUCGGUUGCAGAGAAUGAUGCUGAGGUUACAGAGGUACAACCUCGAAGUAUUGUACAAACCAGGGCCGCAGAUGUAUAUCGCAGACCAUUUAUCGAGAGCCUCGGUGAAAGAUACCGGCACACCAGAUGAGGACUUUCAGGUUUUCGCCGUAGAACUCGAAGGUAUCGGUCCCCUGAAUACGAUUAAGAUCAGCAGCGAGAGACUGGGCCAGCUACAGAAAGCAACCGAACAGGACCCGAUCAUGCAAACCCUCAAGGCAACCAUACUGAUGGGAUGGCCAACGGAGAGAGAAGAAGUACCAAUACAUAUCAGGGAGUUCUGGACAUAUCGCGAAGAGCUGACGCUGCACAAUGGAGUCUUGUUCAAAAGCCAACGUAUCAUAAUUCCCAAGGCUAUGCGCACAGAGAUCACUUCAAGGAUCCAUUCGAGUCAUCUCGGUAUCGAAGCUUGCCUGCGCAAGGCAAGAGACGCAGUAUUUUGGCCCUCUAUGAACAGUGAAAUCAAAUAAGUGGUAACUAGAUGCUAAGUAUGCGCAGAAUUCCAGGUCAAACAACAGAAUCAGCCUAUGCAGUCACACGAAGUUCCUGAUCGGCCAUGGAGUAGAGUGUCAACAGAUCUAUUCACCCUUGGAAACAAGGAUUACGUGGUCCUAGUAGAUAGUUAUUCAGAUUUUCUCGAAGUUGGUAAGCUCAAAGGAACUACGUCGUCAGCCAUUAUAGAGUUUCUUAAGGAACAGUUCAGUCGACAUGGCAUCCCAGAUGUUCUGGUAUCAGAUAAUG